CGUAACCAGAUGGAAGAACUUCUGGGCUUCAUUUUCGAAGUUCUAUGUGUAUAUCUUGACCCUAACAAUGGUCCUUUUGCUGAUACGGCUAUUCAACUACAAAGAACACCUCAAGAACAAUGGUAUAGUAGAAGGCGAACAUCAAGUGUCCGAGACCAACCUUUUCGACCCUAGUGAUGGACAAUUGGUGGAGUACAUUCGAGAGAAUUGGAUACACUCCCCAAGUGUUGACGUUCUCGAUAUUUCUGAGCCUCUUGAUCAUGACUUCUCACAGUUCGGCCAAAGCAAAGUUAUUGACAAGCUUUUAAAUGCGAAAACUCGUGGUUUUUUCAUCGAAUGUGGAGCGAUGAACGGAAAGGAUCUAUCAAACACUUUAUACUUUGAACGAUUUCGGAAAUGGACUGGGAUACUUGUCGAACCUCAUCCGGAAUCAUUCUCAGACCUUAUAAAGCUGAAGAGGAACGCGUAUGCAGCCAACAUUCUCUUGUGUCCUUCAAACGAACAGCGAAAACUACCAUUUAUUUAUCAGUCGAUGCGACCAGGAUAUUCGGCAUUGAAAGACAUCAACAUGAUGAGAGAUGACGAUAUUGUGAAUGCCUAUAAACUUCAAAUACAAUGUUUCACUGUUUAUACUCUCUUACGAGCAGUUGGCACCAAGUACGUUGAUUAUUUUAGUUUGGAUGUGGAAGGGGCAGAAAUGGCUGUGUUAAAAACAAUCCCAUUUGACAAAGUUUAUAUAAAGGUUUUCACAAUAGAAUUCAAGUUCAACGAUGGUCAUGUGAAAGACACGAGAAAAAGUUUAGAAAGGCUGACAGAAUUCCGCCAAUUCUUCAAACAAACCGGACUGUAUAAGGAAGUAGGCAUCAUACCAGAAAAUCUAAAAGGGCAGCUUGGGCAUGAUGUUAUUUUUGAGCGCAUCGAUUAGUUUAAUAAUGAGCUUUCAAGAGGAACCCAUGGUAUUAUUCAUGAUUUCUUUAAUUUGAUAUCGCUUUAAUUUAAUUAUGAUUAGAGCCGUUGAUUCUAUUCACCUAUUGAAAUUUGGCUGACAUUCAGCACUGGCUGACAUUGAAAUCACAUGACGAAAUAGUUAUGAACUGAACAUUAAACAGACUCCAUAUCGUCAUCAAAUCCGUCAAUAAAAUGCCAGAAAGUGAAAUACACAUAUUUUGAACAUGACCUUCACUCCCUGUGACCUAGUUAAUAGUAUAUACGACUACAUGAUUUAUGAUUUUCAACACCAAUUUUUCAUAUUUAAUUAGCCAGUGACUUUAAUGUUACCUGGCCACAUAACACAAGACAAUCAAUACAAUUACGUAUUUUUAUUUUUAUUCAUUUAUUUUAAAAUGAAAUUGUACCAAAGAAUGGCAGUUCUUCAAAAAAGCUACGUUGUCGAAUGUCGAAUGAAGAGGGCAGUGUAAACAGGUUGUUUGUAUCUAAAGCCAAAUCUAAAUGCCUAAGAUCAUCAGUACCGUUCAAGUUGCUGAAAAUGUGAAUAAAAUAAUGUUAAGUUUUUGAAUACAUGAACUUUUAUUUUUGGUGGCAAUUCUUUUAAAAGAAAGACAUAUGUCUAUUUUAGUUUUAUUCCAUUGACCCAUCAGACAGAAAAUGGGCGCGCAAUAACAACUUUCUUUUCUCCUUUACAACCAUACAAUUUUCUGAUCUUGUUGAUAUCGUUUGCACUCAAGUAGAUUCUUUGGCCUAUUGUAGCAUCUCCUCUUGGUAUUAAAGUGGGAUUCUUUUUAUCCUACAAAGGUAAAAUAACUAGAUAGGUGAAAUCGAACAAGGUUCAAUUCAAGACUCCAGAAUCUUUUACAACCUUCCAUUCUCUUUUCUACUUUUGGAUUGUAAGCUGGAUUUCAUAUUAUGUUGAAUUUUAGAAAUAUCAUGAGAGAUCAACCAGAAGUCAGAUGUCAAUCUUGAUUGAAGAUUCGUAGCACUGUAACAUUCAAUUAGAGUAAUAUACCUUGGCGAAUGAUGUCGAGGUGGAAUGCAUGAUGCUAUCAUAGUCAUAGGGCAUGUCAAACUGCUCAAUGUUCAAAGCUUCAAAAUUCCCGGCAUGGCCUAUAAUGUUUAACAUGAAUUGUUGAUCAAAUAUCAUUUGAAGAAAAACAUGAUAAAAAUUGAAAAUGAUUAUACUAUAAUUAUUGUCAUUAAUUGAUUGAUUAGGCUAAUUCUCACUGUUUACUUUCAAGCCUG